AAUUAUCAUGCGGCGCGAGUGUUGGAUCGGGCAAGCGCGCACUACCGCACAAGUGCGACGGGCGCGCACCGAGUAGCUCGCUUUUAUAUUGAAUUGACCUUAUUUACUCAAUUCGAUCUUGAAGGGGUCGAUAAACCUUUCGAGUAAUAUUAAACAGUUUAAACAUAUCAGUUUGCAGCGGAAUACGGUCACGGUUCGUUUGUUUUUAUGGCACAUUGACAGUUUUGAAAAUGGUCGAAGUGAAAAUAACCGAUGACAUAAAAGUUGGCGGUAAUAAUCCCUGCUUUAUUAUCGCGGAAGCUGGUCAAAAUCAUCAAGGUGACAUUGAAAUUGCGAAAAAGUUAAUCAAAGCAGCUAAGGAAGCCGGAGCCAGCUGUGUUAAAUUUCAAAAGACAUGUCUAAAAGAAAAAUUUACCAAGAAAUAUUUAGAAAGGUCUUAUGACAAUCCGAACUCUUGGGGUAAAACAUACGGCGACCAUAAAAAACACUUAGAGUUUUCUGAGAGCCAGUACAGGGAGCUGUUUAAAUAUGCCCAAGAGGUUGGAAUCCUCUUCACUGCUUCAGCCAUGGAUAUGGUUUCAUUUGACUUUUUAGUCAACAUCAAAGUACCCUUUAUUAAAAUUGGCUCAGGGGACUCGAACAAUUUGCUAUUUUUAAAAUACGCUGCGUCCAAGAAGGUCCCCCUGAUCAUAUCCACCGGCAUGGUUGACAAGCAAGCGGUAAAAACUAUUUACGACAUAGUAUCAGCGCAACACAAACAGUUCUGUUUAUUGCAUUGUAUAUCAGCAUAUCCAGUGCCCUUCGAAGAUUGUAAUCUAACUGUAUUACAAGAUUACAAGAACACGUUUGAUGUUCCGGUUGGAUAUUCUGGUCAAGAACUAGGAACAGCAGUAGCAUUAGGCGCAAUCGCACUGGGAGCAAAGGUUUUAGAGAAGCAUAUAACAUUAGAUAAAACUAUGAAGGGAACUGAUCAUGUGUGCUCCUUGACACCCGCAGAAUUCAAGCAAUUAGUAAGAGACGUACGCGUUAUCGAAGCAUCUCUUGGCACUCCUAUCAAGAAAGUUGUAACAUCAGAAAUUCCAUGCAUUGAUAAAUUGCAGAAGUCCCUUGUUAUGGGUUGCACAAAAAAUAAAGGAGAAAUUUUAUAUCCCGGUGAUGUCAAAAUUAAGGUUGCCGAACCUAAAGGACUAAAUGCCUUACAUUUCGAGGAAGUUAUCUAUAAAACACUCGUUUAUGAUAAGAAGGAAGAUGAACCACUCAAUGAAGGGGAUUUCUGUUGAUGUUAUGGAAAAAGAAAACAAACAAAUAAUAGAUUGUAACCCAAUUACAGUUGCCGCUAUAAGUUAUAAUCUUACAAAAAGUAUCUUAAAAAAUCU